CGCAGGCUCAGCGCUCCAUGGGGGCGGGCCUCCUCGGCCGGCGCUCGGCUUCCUGUUCAGAGGCUGCAGGGCGGUAGGCGGCGGCGUCCCAGCCCGCGUACGCUCCAGCGCGGUGACCGAGAGCCCGCCGGCACAGGGGCUGCGUUUUGUGCCACUGCGCCGCGGCCCGGCCCGCAUCGCCAUGGCUCCAGUACAGCUGGAGAACCACCAGCUGGUCCCGCCCGGAGGCGGCGGUGGAGCCAGCAGCGGCCCCGCGUCAGCCCCAGCUCCUCCUCCUCCUGGAGCCGCCGUGGCGGCAGCCGCCGCGGCUGCGGCCAGCCCUGGCUACCGACUGAGUACACUCAUCGAAUUUCUGCUACACCGGGCCUACUCUGAGCUCAUGGUGUUGACGGACCUGAAAAUAGAAAUAGUACAGUUUGCUAGCCGGACACGUCAACUCUUCGUUCGAUUAUUAGCUUUAGUGAAAUGGGCUAAUAAUGCUGACAAAGUGGAAAAAUGUGCGAUGAUCUCAAGCUUUUUAGAUCAGCAAGCUAUCCUGUUUGUGGACACUGCUGAUCGUCUGGCCUCCUUAGCUAGAGAUGCCCUGGUCCAUGCACGCCUGCCUAGCUUUGCCAUCCCGUAUGCCAUUGACGUACUGACUACUGGCUCUUACCCACGGCUGCCAACUUGCAUUAGGGAUAAAAUUAUUCCUCCAGAUCCAAUUACCAAAAUUGAGAAACAAGCCACCCUUCAUCAGCUUAAUCAGAUUCUUAGACAUCGCCUUGUAACCACAGAUCUUCCACCUCAGCUAGCAAAUCUUACAGUUGCAAAUGGUCGUGUGAAGUUUCGAGUUGACGGAGAAUUUGAAGCCACCUUGACAGUGAUGGGAGAUGACCCUGAUGUUCCAUGGCGGCUUCUCAAGCUAGAAAUACUGGUUGAGGAUAAGGAAACUGGAGAUGGGCGAGCUUUGGUACAUAGUAUGCAAAUCAGCUUUAUCCAUCAGCUGGUGCAGUCCAGGCUGUUUGCUGAUGAGAAACCUCUUCAGGACAUGUACAGCUGUCUCCAUUCUUUCUGCUUGUCACUUCAGUUAGAAGUGCUGCACUCCCAGACUCUAAUGUUAAUCCGCGAGCGGUGGGGGGACCUUGUGCAGGUGGAAAGGUAUCACCCAGGAAAGUGCCUUUCCCUCUCGGUUUGGAAUCAACAGAUCCUUGGUAGAAAAACAGGGAUGGUAUCUGCUCACAAAGUGACAAUUAAAAUAGAUGAAAAUGAUGUCUCCAAGCCUUUACAGAUUUUUCAUGAUCCUCCUUUGCCAAUUUCUGAUUCUAAGUUAGUAGAAAGAGCCACGAAGAUUGACCACUUAUCAAUAGAAAAACUCCUGAUUGACAGUGUCCAUGCAAGAGCUCAUCAGAAGCUCCAGGAAUUAAAGGCCAUUCUUAGAGGCUUCAAUGCCAAUGAAAACUCUUCCAUAGAGAUUGCACUUCCAGCUCUUGUUAUUCCCAUCUUGGAGCCCUGUGGAAAUUCGGAGUGCCUACACAUUUUUGUAGAUUUGCAUUCUGGAAUGUUCCAGUUGAUGCUCUAUGGACUUGACCAAUCCACACUGGAUGACAUGGAGAAAUCUAUCAAUGAUGACAUGAAGCGGGUCAUUCCUUGGAUUCAGCAACUUAAGUUUUGGCUUGGACAGCAGCGUUGCAAGCAAUCUAUAAAACAUCUGCCUACAUUAAGUAGUGAAACAUUGCAGCUUUCCAAUUAUUCAACUCAUCCUAUUGGAAAACUUUCUAAGAAUAAGCUGUUCAUUAAGCUUACUCGACUUCCACAAUACUACAUUGUUGUAGAGAUGCUGGAGGUGCCAAAUAAACCCACGCAGCUGUCGUACAAGUACUACUUCCUGUCUGUGAGUGCUGCAGAUCGUGAAGAUGGCCCUGUUAUGGCGCUGCUACUGCAGCAGUUCAAGGAAAACGUCCAGGACAUGAUUUUCCGUAAACCUGGGAAACAGACCAGAACUGGUACCAAGCGCAAGUUGUCUGAUGAUUCAUGUCCAAUAGAAUCUAAGAAAACCAAACGAUCAGGAGAAACGUGUGCCUUCAAUAAAGUUCUAGCUCAUUUUGUUGCUAUGUGUGAUACAAACAUGCCAUUCGUAGGACUUCGGUUGGAGUUGUCCAAUCUGGAAAUUCCACACCAAGGAGUGCAAGUGGAAGGUGAUGGCUUCAGCCACGCUAUUCGCUUAUUAAAAAUUCCUCCCUGUAAGGGUGUAAAUGAGGAAACCCAGAAGGCUCUGGAUCGCUCUCUUCUUGAUUGCACUUUCCGAUUACAAGGCAGAAAUAACCGCACAUGGGUGGCAGAGUUGGUGUUUGCAAACUGUCCACUUAAUGGGACUUCUACAAGGGAGCAAGGACCAUCCCGGCAUGUUUACCUGACAUAUGAAAAUCUGUUGUCUGAACCUGUUGGUGGUAGAAAAGUGGUUGAAAUGUUCCUUAAUGACUGGAACAGCAUUGCACGAUUAUAUGAGUGUGUGUUGGAGUUUGCACGUUGUCUACCAGACAUACCUGCUCAUCUCAAUAUUUUCUCAGAAGUUCGUGUUUAUAAUUACCGAAAACUUAUCCUGUGUUAUGGAACCACAAAGGGAAGCUCAAUUAGUAUCCAGUGGAAUUCCAUGCAUCAGAAAUUCCAUAUUUCUUUGGGAACAGUUGGCCCGAAUUCAGGGUGCAGUAACUGCCAUAAUACCAUUCUCCAUCAGCUUCAAGAGAUGUUCAACAAAACACCAAAUGUGGUUCAGUUGUUACAGGUACUGUUCGACACUCAGGCUCCUUUAAAUGCCAUCAACAAACUCCCCACUGUGCCAAUGUUGGGUUUGACCCAGAGAACCAACACUGCCUACCAGUGCUUCUCCAUUCUGCCACAGUCAUCUACUCACAUCAGACUGGCCUUCAGGAACAUGUACUGCAUUGACAUAUAUUGUCGGAGUCGAGGUGUGGUAGCAAUACGGGAUGGUGCCUAUAGCCUUUUUGAUAACAGCAAGUUAGUUGAAGGUUUUUAUCCUGCACCAGGACUAAAGACAUUCCUGAAUAUGUUUGUUGACAGCAAUCAGGAUGCCCGAAGACGGUCUAUAAAUGAGGAUGAUAAUCCCCCUUCUCCUAUAGGAGGCGAUAUGAUAGAUUCUUUAAUAUCACAUAUCCAGCCACCACCCCAGCAACAGCCAUUUCCAAAGCAGCCAGGAACGUCAGGAGCUUAUCCCCUUACUUCACCCCCUACGUCAUAUCACAGCACAGUUAAUCAGUCUCCGUCUAUGAUGCACACGCAGUCUCCAGGAAAUCUGCAUGCUGCCAGCUCCCCCAGUGGGGCUUUGAGAGCCCCAUCACCAGCGUCAUUUGUUCCAACUCCUCCCCCAUCCUCGCAUGGAAUCUCAAUAGGACCAGGGGCCAGUUUUGCUAGCCCACAUGGAACUCUUGAUCCUAGUUCCCCUUACACGAUGGUGUCGCCAAGUGGACGAGCAGGAAACUGGCCAGGGUCUCCUCAAGUGUCGGGCCCCUCACCAGCCACACGUUUGCCUGGAAUGUCACCAGCCAACCCAUCACUACAUUCUCCAGUUCCAGAUGCUUCUCAUUCCCCUCGAGCUGGAACAAGUUCCCAAACAAUGCCAACAAACAUGCCUCCACCUCGAAAACUACCUCAGCGCUCUUGGGCGGCGUCCAUCCCAACCAUCCUCACUCACAGUGCCUUGAACAUUUUACUGCUUCCCUCACCCACGCCAGGCCUUGUGCCUGGCCUGGCAGGGAGUUACCUUUGUUCCCCACUUGAGAGGUUCCUUGGAUCCGUCAUCAUGCGAAGACAUCUACAAAGAAUUAUUCAACAGGAAACGCUGCAGCUGAUAAAUUCCAAUGAACCUGGAGUGAUCAUGUUUAAAACAGAUGCACUAAAAUGCAGAGUAGCCCUUAGUCCCAAGACCAACCAGACCCUCCAGCUAAAAGUGACGCCUGAAAAUGCAGGACAGUGGAAACCUGAAGAACUUCAAGUUUUGGAGAAAUUCUUUGAAACAAGAGUUGCAGGACCACCGUUUAAAGCCAAUACAUUAAUAGCCUUCACCAAACUGUUAGGAGCACCCACACACAUCCUCAGGGACUGUGUGCAUAUUAUGAAGCUAGAGCUGUUCCCUGACCAGGCAACACAACUGAAGUGGAACGUUCAGUUUUGCCUGACGAUCCCUCCCAGUGCACCUCCAAUUGCACCUCCUGGGACUCCUGCUGUAGUGCUGAAAUCUAAAAUGCUAUUUUUUCUUCAACUAACUCAGAAAACAUCGGUCCCACCCCAAGAACCUGUUAGUAUUAUAGUUCCAAUCAUUUAUGACAUGGCUUCAGGUACAACCCAGCAGGCAGACAUUCCCAGACAGCAGAACUCUUCUGUUGCUGCCCCCAUGAUGGUCAGCAGCAUUCUGAAGAGGUUUGCAGAGAUGAAUCCGCCACGACAAGGUGAAUGCACAAUAUUUGCAGCUGUUCGUGAUUUAAUGGCUAAUCUUACACUGCCCCCUGGUGGGCGUCCAUAGACACUAUUUUUAAACCAGGAAGGCUGACAAAUGAGACAAAACAACAAAAAAAAAAGUCUGAAUUCAGCCUUCAGUUUAAAAAAGGAAAAGGACUUUUUUGACUUUAAGAGCUAACUAUUCUAAACUGGCAGAAUUUUUCAGGGUGCACUUCUUUCAUCAAAAAUAUCAUCAAUCUUUUGUAUAGUGAACUUGUAUAGUGUGUUUAAAUGGGACACAUUUCAAUCUAGGUAAUAUAUCAGUGUCCACUUGCCAGUAAUAGAGUUAAUAUUCUGUUUUAUACUAUAAAGUUAUGAAAAUGCCAAACUUGUUUAUUUAAUUGUUUUCUUAUGUUUUGGGUGUAAUAGUCCUUUUUUAUUUUUGUUUUGUUUUUUAAGGCAGGUCUGUCAUUUUUGAAUACUGUAAAACUGUGAUAAACUUUAUAUUGAAGCUGUAUUUUAAUAUGACCGCUUUGAAUCCUUACAUGAAAAUGUUCUGGGAGUUGUUAUAAACACAUCCCAAAGAAGCAAUAUUUAAUAAAACUAGGUUAAAAAAUGACACUCACUGUGUGUGUAUAAGCUCUCUAGACUUCAUAGGGCCUCCCUUCAUCUUUAACCUGGUGGGUCCAGUAAUUUUUAAUAAUACAUGUCUGAAAUUUGACCAAAAACAUCCUAUUUGUUUUGAGCUAAUUUAUUUUGUUCAAACAUUCCUAACUUAACUGAUAGUAACAUUUAGCACCUUGGUGGUCUUUCAGCAUAGGAUUUGGGUACAAAAUAUGUCUAGUCCAGUGAUGGCAAACCUUUUAUAGCUUGCAGUGAUACAAACAGCCUGCUGUGGCACACGUGCCGCAGGUUCGCCCCCACUGAUCUAGUCUUUGAGAAGAGAAAGUAAGUGAUGUAUACUGAAGGAAUCUCAAUGCAACCAUUCUCCUCUGUGAGGAUGUGGGAAGUUUCCUGCCAGGCACUUUUUAUUUAUAGGAUACUUCUGCAUACAGCAUUAACUAGGACACAAACAACUUGAGUGUUCUAGUCUUGCAUGAAGUUUCUGUGCCAUUUCUUUAUCUCACUUCACUUUUCCUUGCCUUCCCCAGCAAAACUGAAGUUGUUCAAUCAAUCUGAAUUUAAUUUGUUGUCAACAACAUGAUAGAACGGUUUACUUGGAAGAAACCUGGUCUAGUCAUUUUGAAGAGUCCAAGACUCAGGCCUGUCCAGUGGCCAGUGGAGUGUCGGGUACUGAUGCAUCUCAGCAGGGUUUCUUUUUGGAGCACUGUAUUAUUUCUCCCAGCCAGGGACUUUUUGAGCUUCAAAGAACAUGAUCUGAAGCAAAGAUCUUCUGGUGACUUGAUGUUAUUUGGAAAAGGUUUUAAAAUGAUAUGCCAUUCUGAGUUGUCUGGAUAUUGUAAUACUGGUUCACCGUUAAAUUUUAGAUGUUUUGUCUGAUUCCACUUUAAGAUGAUUUAAUUGAGUUUCUGUAACCACCAAAUUUUAGUUUCAAGCAUCUCACUGUAACAGUAAUCUGUUCUCAACUUUGCUUGGUUCUCCACAUCUGGUUAGAGGUGAGGCCUUCUUUGUCUUCCUUCUAUGUCUUAUUUCUGCCUUCAUCUCCUGCUUCUCACCCAACUCUGCACUAGUCAGGAACCCUUCCUUGAGCUUACCUUUUUAUCCUUCUGUUUUCAAUCUCCUUAUAGUGGUACUUGCAUCAAUUUGGCAAUCAAAAAUGUCUUUAUCAAGGGUCAGCCCUUUUCUGUUUGGUGCUGAACCCUUUCUUUGAUGUAGAAAUCUAUGUGUCGUAUGAAAGAAGAGCAUUUUUAUCUGAAGAAUAAUAUUGUUUCAAGUAAUUUUAUAUAGACUUUCCAGGUAUUAUUCCUUGAGUGUGGUUUUAAAAUGUUAAUUGCACUUUUAUAUGUAAUGCAUUCAUUGGGCACUUUUUUCCUGAUUAUAACUUGUCUUUGAAUGCAUUGGGCAAAUCAAAACAUAGGAAUCAGUGAACAGAAUUUGCUUUUGAUGCUUAUAAAGAGUCCAUUUGAAUUUUGAUAUGCUUGGUACUUAGAAGUGAUAAAUACUUUAUUAAAGCUUGACAACAUUUAGAAUUUGAAUUGUAAGUUUCAUCACAAACCAUGUCUUUGCCUCUUUUGUUACCUAGGUUCAAUCAAAGGGACUGGCUGGGUGCACAUAGUGAUUUUCUUCAGUAG